ACUCAGUUGGAGUUUGACCCGUUGCCAGCCACCGGCACUUGCUUCUCUACCCCACAAACACACCACCCUGCACUGAUCUUCUUUAGUGGAGACACAUUUUUUUUUUCACUUUCCCUAUCUUUUAGAACUCUCUCAAAAAGCUUAAAAUAGCCUUUCCCCUUCUUUAUCUUCUCUUUUCUCCCCAAAACCCUAAUUCCCCACAUACAGAGAAGAAAGAAUACCUCAAAAGAUGAACCCCUGAUUUGUAUAAUCAUUGAAGAUCUCUGUUUCUGUUUCUUUUCCGAGAAACUACUUUUUGGCUCCCUUUGCAGAUCAAGCCAUGGAUUCUGGUAAUAGUGGUAGUUUGCAAUCCUCAAGCGGCGGCGGCGGUGGUGGUAGUGAUCAAGAGGACGAUUCACGGCCUUUCUUCAACCCGCUGACUCAUUUAGGCUCCACAUCAUCAACCGUACAACACCAACAACCACCGUCUUUUUUACUGCACCACCACCACCAACACCAACAACAACCCAAUUUCAUUGACCCCUCUUCCUUCCACGCUUUCUCUCAAUCUCUACAACCAAAUCCGAACCCGUUAUUACAUCUUGAUGUGAUUCACUCUCAACCCCUAAGAUCUGACGGAUUAUCCCACUGUGAAGAUCCGUUAUCAUCGAUGCAGUUAAGGUCAGUCCAUGAUAGUAAUGUAAGGUCAUCCGCACCGUCCGAUCAAAGCAACCACAACCCAGUUCCAAGAAACCCCAAGAAGAGAGCAAGAGCGUCAAGGAGAGCGCCUACGACUGUUUUGACGACGGACACCUCCAAUUUUAGAGCAAUGGUGCAAGAGUUCACUGGUAUUCCUGCGCCGCCGUUUACCGGCACGUCCUAUUCACGCCGGCUCGAUCUGUUUGGCUCAGUUGGUUCGGCCUUGCGGUCCGGUCAUUUGGAUGCACCUCUAUACCCUCUCCGUCCGUCUGCUCAUAAGGUUCAACAAUCUCCACUCUUAUCUUCUCCAUCAUCGCUUAUGUUGAAUAGUAAUAUGUCAAACAUGCAAAACCAGAACAUUCUCUCCUUCCAAUCACUUCUUCAUCAGAAUCCUUCUCCCAUUCAUGAGUCUGGUUUAGCUUCUCUAGAUGGAAUGGGUAAUGGAAGCUUCAGUGGAGGACUAACAAAUCAAGAUCAGGUAAGGAGUAGUGCUAAUUUUGAUGGGAAUUAUGGUAGUCUUAACGGGUGCAAGUUAAACUUCUCAGCUUCUUCGACAUCUGAUUUUCUUAAUGAGAAGGGUUUGGUAGACAAUGUUGUUACUACAAGGGGUGCUGCUCAUGAAGGUACAGUUGAUUCAUGGUUUUGUUCUUCAGAUUAGGGAGACUAAAUGAUAAACAUCAGGAGUUGAUAUCCCAAUUAUCUCAACGGUUGAGUUGCAUAAUUCAAGUGAAUCCGUGGGAUUCACAUAUCCCAUAUGAUGCACAUGAAAUCCAUAUAUACAACUGAGCAGUUAGGAUAAUUGGGAUAUUAACUAUCGAGAUCCCUACCAUUACUGUUAAUGAGAGGCCCAAUUAAUUAAGACGGAGAGUUUUAUGUGGACAUGAUGAUGAUGAUAGUGGUGAUGAUGAGGUAGAGAUUGUCUCAUGAUAACAUCUUUCAUCUCCAUUUGCGUUCACUAUAAGUUAUUGCAGGAACGUUAUCUUCCCUUUCUUUCUAUUUGUAGUUUUAAUUUUAAUUUGCUGGAAAAUAAGAGAUUAUUUAUAUAGUUUAGUAAAUUAAUGAUAUGAGGCUUCAUACACUAUGUUUAAUUUCCAUGUAUAUAUAAGUUCUUCAUUUUUAUAAUUACUAUAUGUACUGUUCUCUCCUUU